AUGCAUACCUCAACAUCCGAUGCAUUGCUAAACAUUGUCUGCGAGGAAUUCCCCACUAUUUUACAGUCUGCCGAUGGGGUAACGACAUGGCGAAGAAGAAUCCACCAUAAACCAUCACAUGAUGAAGUAUCUAUCCCAAUAGAACACAGUUCAGAAGUCUACAAUCUCAGUUCAGACCCUCAACAAAGAUCUGAUGUCUUGAACAAAUUUUUAAAUAUAUUGGACGUGAAUUUAGGUGCCAAAUAUACUAAAGUUUCAAAAACAAUCUAUGAGAAUGACAAAUCAUGGAAGUCGAAUAAAUUAGAAGAGAUGCUGUCUCCAGGUUUGAUUUAUGUUAGUUACUGGGACGAGAAAUACCAAGAACCACUGCUGUUCCUUUCCUUCAUGUUAACAGAAGGAGAUGGCUUUAUAGGGACACACUCGAACGAUGACGAUGAAAAUGAACACAAUGACCAGUUGAUGUCCGUUAUAUAUCUUUAUGAAAUUCAAAUAUUACCUCAAUUAAGAGGACAAGGUAUUGGUACCAAACUUCUAUCUGUCCAUCUUCAUCAAUGUUGUUCUUCCCUUGUAACGAAGUAUGGGAAGGAUUUUCUACCGUAUCCGUUAGUUGGUAUCGAAUUGACUGUGUUUAGCGACAACAUCAAGGCCAUCAACUUUUAUAAAUCCAUUGGGAUGAAACUAACUCCAGAUUCACCCACUGAUGAAGUUUAUCAAAUUGAAAAACGCCAAACUCGGAAUUUGCGUCGAAUAAACAAUGCAGGCACUAGGGAAGUAACUAAACAGAUUAUAAAGAAACCCGUUUAUUACUUAUAUUAUUUACCAAUAGACUUAUAG